CGAUUUUUUUUUUUUUCUUUUUUAAAUACCCCAGACCGAUCGGCGAACCGUUUCCCCUUCGUCGCGUUCACCUUCCAUCGAAGUCGAGCUUCACUUGCCCUCCUGUCCUCGAGACCCGGCUUCAAUUUCAUUUCGUUCCUCCUUCCUACGCUCCCUCGGCUCCCUCCUUUAGCCACCGUCUCUCACGGUUCGAGAUCAUAAUGCACGGGGGUGGGAAACGUCGAAUUUCCACGGGAACCAUAUGUCCGUGCACCUUUCAUCGGCAACACCAGUCUCCGCGUGGGAUGAGAAUAUUUUAUUCCUAGAAAAAUAGAGAAUUCGGGCUGGGAAGAGCAGAUGGCCGAAAGUUCGAACCAGGUAGCAGGGUGAAUCGAGUGGAAAGGCGCGAUCCUCGAGGAACGGACACCUGCUGCACCAAAGUGUCAUUCGACCGUCCAACAACCACCGGUCCUAGUCUUCUUCUAAAAAUCGAUCUACUCUUUACGAAUCGAUCGUCGUCCUAAGAAACUAUACCUACACCUUAGCGUACUUGAAUCCGACGCUUUUGUACUCAAACUGAUACUGUAAUCGCUAAACUUGCCCCGGAUGGAAAUGUUUCCUAACCUCGUGUUUCUAGCGGUCGUGAAAGUUUAAAAAAUUGCGCGGGGGUCGAGAUAGCAGGUUUGCCAGUGAAAAAGUUGAACGACAGACGGUCGCGCGAAGGUUUGGCAGUCCCAUGGGCCUAGCCCAGGGCGGUAGGAACCACCUGCCGCAUAGGUCGGUGGGGGCAAGCUGUUCUCGGCUGCGUUUUACCUUUUCUAACCAACGCCUCUUUCCAACGUUUUACCCUUUGCUUCAACCGCGUCGUCUUCAUCAUGCCCUACCGUCCAUUCCCUCCAUCUUCUCCUCGUUCCGUCCUUUUUUUUUUCUCUCUUCGUGCUACUUUGCUCCAUCUUCGUUUCUCCCAUUUACGCGUUCGUUGGUGCAUUCGUCUUCCGUUCAGGCACUGCCACCUUCUCUUCCACCAUCACCAUCGCCACCACCACCGACACCAUCGUUGUACCUUAGCCUCGAACCGUCGAGCCUGCAUCGUAGCGACCGGUUGUACGCUGCGCUUACGCGCGCACAAGAACGUAGUGGGGGCUCGUAGCCGAACAAGGGGAAACGGACGGUGGGGGGUAGCAGCGAUGCUAUGCGACCCCAAGCUCAGUCGUCGCGCGACCCUCGUGGAGUGUGUUGGCGUUAACUUUUUGGAUUAUUGGAAAUUUAAAUUCCAAGGUGUCUUCGAUUCCUCGUCUUUCGUUCGAGUUUAAUCCUACCAUAACGUUUCUCCAAACUAUUCCCGUCGCAUUCCCGACCUCCUUACUCCGCGUGCCUCUCUAUUUUUGCAUCGACGGCCGUUUUGCAAAAAAAGAAUCACCGGGGAAAGUGACGGCGGAGAGAGAGGAACGUUUGGUAGACGGAUCCAGGGUCGACGCAGACAUAGCAACGGAAAUAAUAAAAGUGUGCGAAACUUAGGUGUAAAAGAAUCGCCUGAACAAAGGAGUAUCUUCGCUCUUUGCAACGUGGCAUUUUGAAAUCGCGCGCAAACCGUUUCUUUCGAUUUUCGAAUUGUUUCCCCGUCCAAUUUCGUAGACGGUCGCUCGCGAUGGGAAUCACCGUGCGAUCCUCGAGGAACGGUUGAGAAAUCGACGCACACACGAGUGCGAAGAAUCCGUGAGAUGGAGUGCUCAUUCGAGCCAGUGGAUCGCAGAACGACGCGCGUGGGUCUACCUUCCAGGUAGUCUGUUGAAACGAGUCCGGUUGGAAUCGGAGAGGGGAAAAAACGUCGAUUCGGUAGGAUCGCAAAACCGAUGAAGCUAACGAUUCGGUUUCUACCAGCCUCGACGACGGGUGAGAGAAAUAACAGUGACAAAAGGUGUGACAGUGGAAUAGGUGCGACGAAGCGAACAUCGAAAGAUGCGUGCAGUGUUUUCAGUGAGUUGGCGAGCGUGAUCGACGACGCGAUCGAUACGAUCGAUCCCGCGUGCUGGCCAAACUCGCGCAUCGUCGUCGAUUCUCGGUGAAAGUCGGCGCAACGCGGAACUCUAUCCUUCGGCUCGAAUGGAGCCGAGCAAUUUGCGUCUCUCUUUGUUCAGCUGCAAUCAAACUUCUCGUGGAAUUCGUUUAAACGAUAGAAUGGAUAGGAUUCGAAUCGUUCGAUUGCCGAGCACGGCGAUCCUAGCCGUUUCGUUGCUGCUGUUGCAUCACGCAGCGGCACAAGGGCGCGUCGAGGAGACGCAGAUGGACACGCACGAGGGGUCGACGGUACAGCUGCAGUGUCGAUUCUCCCCGCCGAGAGAGAACGUCACGUGUUUCUGGUUGACGCACACCAACGACAAUCACGACAACGCGGCCAUCGACAAUCUCGCCCUGUCGCCGCAGUACAAAGUGUUCAUGAACCUGGAGGAGGGCAGGUACGACCUGCAGAUACGGAACGUAUCAUACGAACGGGACAACGGGAAAUACGAGUGCCGAGUGAAGGCUAGCGGCACCGGACACGACCUGCAUCGAAAGUUUAUCACCCUGACCGUGCUCCGUGCACCAGGGCCGCCGAGCAUCUCGCCGACUUCCGCGUCCGCCACCGAGGGACAGAAGCUCGAGUUGCAGUGCAACACGAACGGUGGUAGCCCAGAGCCGGAAGUAAGAUGGUACCGCGGCAACGAGACCAACAUCCUCUAUUCUGGCAGAACUUUACUGGUGGAGCCAAAGAAGGAAGACGACAGAGCCACAUUCCGAUGCGUGGUAAGAAAUCGUGCGAUGCGCGAUGGUGAAACUUUGAACGCCACGGUAACCCUAGACGUCAACUACUUCCCUCGGGUCACCGUUGGUCCGGAGAACCCUUUGAAGGUGGAGGUGAACGGAACGGCGAAUCUGGAAUGUCGCGUCGAUUCGAAACCGGCCGUAGGCAUGGUAAGAUGGUGGCGCGACGGUAGCUUCGUGGCGACCAGUUUCCAACACACCAUCAGAAGGGUAACCGUUCAAGAUGCCGGUAAAUACACGUGCCAGGCGGACAACGGGUUGGGCAAAAGAGGCGAGAGUUCUCUCAUGUUGGACGUCCUCUAUCCGCCGACCGUUUCGAUCGAAGGCGAUUCUUUGAGGAUCGCCGAAGUGGAGGACACGGUGACGGUACAUUGCAACGUGACUGCGAAUCCUCCGCCAUCGGUGAUCGAGUGGCUGCGCGACGGCCGGCCGGAUUUCCGGCAGAUCGGCUCCAUUUUACGACUGAGUCGCGUCACCGCCGAUCAUGCCGGAAAUUAUACCUGUCGAGCGGUGAAUACGAUAUAUCCAUCUGGCGGCGAGAGAAGAAACUAUUCCGCCUCGGCACGACUCACCGUACGCGUCAGGCACAAACCCGGCCCGGCAAGGGUCACACCGGACUCACCGGUCGCUGUAGAAGGAUCCAGGGUCAUCCUGACCUGUAUGGCCAGUCCGGCUGGUUACCCAGAACCAAGGUACAAAUGGUGGAAGGAAGGAGAGUCUGGAAGCAUAUCCAUGCCUUCCGAGAACACAGGACCAAGAUACGAGAUCGACUCGGUUCACUUAGGCAGCGAGGGAACUUAUAAAUGCCAUGCCACCAACGAGAUCGGCAACGGUGAAGCCGCUUCCGUUAAUCUGACCGUGCAUCAACCCCCCAAGAUACUUACCAAGUUGCAACCACACGUUACCAGGAAGGUCGGCGAGUCCUCGUUUCAAGUAUCCUGCGUGGCGCAAGGCAAACCUCGGCCCAGCGUUAGAUGGUUGAAGGACGAUCAAGAGCUGACCGCGGACGAAAGGCUGUACAAAGUGACGACUAGCGCCUCGGAAGGACACGGGAACGUUAUCACCGUAAAUUCGACUCUAAGCUUCUUGGGUCACGCGAGACCGCAAACCGACGAGAUCGUUGCUAGCGAUCGUGGCAAGUAUACCUGCGUGUUCGUGAACGAGGUAAAAAAGGUCGAGUCGACGAUGAUGCUGAAGGUGGAACACGAGCCGAUCGCUCUGCAUCAGCACGGAAAGGUCGCGUACAAUCUACGAGAGACCGCCGAAGUAGCGUGUAAAGUUCAAGCCUGGCCCAAACCCGAAUUCCAAUGGAGCUUCGGGACAAACGCGGCCAGCCUUCAAGGUUCGUCCAGCGACGGCCAUUACGAAAUUUCAACCAGCAGCGACAAUUACGACGUGUACACAUCUGUACUGAGGAUAACAAACAUACGCGAACUGGAUUACGGAGAUUACAGCUGUAGAGCAGCAAACGCCCAGGGUAGCAUCACAUCGACCAUUAGAUUGCAACCGAAGGGCGCACCGGAGAGACCCAUCAAUAUCACGGCAAUGGACGUAGGUCCAACACACGUGGCUCUGCUCUGGGAACUCGGUUUCGACGGUGGACUACCCAUCACCAAGUACUUCGUGUCGUACAGAAGAGUACCCGGCGGAGAUGAGAUCGUGGCGCCAGACUGCGCCGUUCCUAGACCACCUGCUGGUCAAUGGCUCGAACUAGAUUGUCGUCGAUCUAAUCCCUGCAACGUGACCAAUUUGGAACAGCAUCAAACCUACACGUUCAAAGUGAAAGUGUACAACACGAAGAAUCAUUCGGAUUACUCGGACGAGGUAACAGCCACCACCGCUGUAGCAAAGAUCCCGGCGCCAUUGAGAGUCAGCUACGAUCCCGAGAGCGGUAUGCUGGCCAUCAGCGUUGGCGCCACUUGCCUAUCGUUGGUCGCCUCGAUCGAGAAGUUCGACGGACCUGCCUCCUCCACCGACGAAUCCCAAUGGAGAAUCCUCGACGAGUGGCCACUCGAAGUACUCGGUAGCGCGCCCACGCAAAGGGAGGGUGUCUUAGACGACCUCGAAACUCUGGACGCCGAGCCGAGGAUCAGGGUUCGACUAUGCCUGAAGGCGGACCGACAAAAGUGCGGCGACUACGCCGAGGCUGAGAUCGGCCCGUCCUACAUCGCCCAAGCAGGCGCCCUCGCAACGCCCACCUUAAUCGCUCUGGUGGUCAGCGGUGCUGUCUUCUUACUAUUCGCUGCCCUUCUCUUGCUCUUUUGUCGAUGUCGUCGAAAACACGCGACCAAGGCCAAGGAUUACGAGAUGGACUCGAACGCAGUUCGACCGAGCCUGGUCGCUGGAAACGGUCAACAGAGCCAAGCGCCUCCGCCUUACUACGCGGAGAACAAAGCCCUCGAGCACAGCCUGGAUCACGCGUUGGCCAUGGAAGACUCGAAAACACCGGCGUACUCGCAGCCUGGAUACGGUUAUCAUCAACCGAACCACAAUAUCAAUGGCGUCAACAUGGGUUACAUGGACAACAGUUACUCGAACUCCAAUAACGGAGGUUCGGUUAAUUCGCAAGACUCUAUCUGGCAGAUGAAGUCGGCAGCGGCGAACGGGGUUGGCCAACCUUACGAUCUGGCUGGAUACGCAACCACCGAGUCGGAUUACCCGACCCACCCUCAUUACCUCCCACAGAGGGAGGAUUACCGGGAAAGCCAUAAUCUAAGUCGACAGCAGUUUUGCUCGGAACCAUUCGCCACUGUCGUAAAGUCUCAAAAACACGUCGAUUCGCCGUACGACGUGUCCGGUCUACCUUAUCAGGAGAACUACGACGAGGACGCGAAGCCACCUCAGCAGGUCAGCUUGUCGUACGACGAGAGCCUCGAAUCGGGCUACUCGACCCCGAACAGCCGUGGACGAAGGAUCAUCCGGGAGAUAAUCGUUUGAGAUCUACCUACCGGCUCGCGAGCCGGAACCACACGCACCACAUGGCUAUAGCAGCAGGCUGCCACCGGUACUUAUCACCCGGUGGACCAUUCGCGCGAUCCGCUCCGCCAUA